AUGGGGGUGUAUUUCUCGGUUGAUAUUGCAUUAAUCUGCCUCUCCCUCAGAGGAGCAGACUAUCCCUCCGAGGUGACUUUUGAGUCGACUCAAAAGUCCAUAGGAGCGGACUAUCCCUCCGAGGUGACUUUUGAGUCGACUCAAAAGUCCUUAGGAGCGGACUAUCCCUCCGAGGUGACUUUUGAGUCGACUGAAAAGUCCAUAGGAGCGGACUAUCCCUCCGAGGUGACUUUUGAGUCGACUCAAAAGUCCAUAGGAGCGGACUAUCCCUCCGAGGUGACUUUUGAGUCGACUGAAAAGUCCAUAGGAGCGGACUAUCCCUCCAAGGUGACUUUUGAGUCGACUCAAAAGUCCAUAGGAGCGGACUAUCCCUCCGAGGUGACUUUUGAGUCGACUGAAAAGUCCAUAGGAGCGGACUAUCCCUCCAAGGUGACUUUUGAGUCGACUGAAAUGUCCAUAGGAGCGGACUAUCCCUCCUUCUUGUCCUUCCUUCUGGAGAGCUGGUUUUUGAGAUUUCUCAAAAUCUUUCCGGGGACUUCUCAUGACUCUCUCUGUGUCCGUCCCAUGUCCAACCCAUAUCGCCCCCAUGCCUCCAUGCCCCAGACCCCCCUACCAGCCGCCUCAGUCAACAUCGCAACACCCCUACCACCUGCCUCGGUCAACAUUGCAGUCUUCUGUCUCUCCCUCAUGGGAGCAGACUACCCCUCCUUCCUGUCUGAAGCUCACCGUGCAGGGCAUGGUAUGUGGGCUCUCUUGGGAGCGGACUACCUCUCCUUCCUCUCUGAAGCUCACCGUGUGUUGCAACCUGGGGGCUCACUCAUUAUAGCCGAGGUGAGGAGCCGGUUUGACCCCACCACAGGAGGGGCGGAAUUGAAGGACUUUGUUGCUGCACUGAAACAGCUUGGAUUCCGCCUUGUCUCCAAGCCUCACCCACAGGAGGGGCGGGGCUGA